CCGACCCCGCGGGUUUCCCCCAUUACCUGCUUCUGGCUUACGUAUAACUCCUGCCGGAUUGGCGACCGGUCCUCCCAUGCGCCCAUCAAGUGCUUCUGAUCCACUAACUGAAGCACUGCGCUGGCACCCCGCCCGAUACUCCACAGCCCUGGCCAUCCCACACGGUCCACAAGUCAAGAACGGACAUAACGGGACUGGUACACAUUUCGCAGCAGCCUUAAAUUUUGGAAACGGCUUGGUCAGGGCACAGCCCGCCGACCGGGAGAUUGACGAGUUCUCCCUGGGCUGGAGGACGAUCCACGAGGGCCAUCGAUGGUGCAUGAGGACCAGGGGCAUGAUCGCGGAUCGCGGAUCGCGGAUCUGCGAAACGCCUCACACUGAGUGGUCGGGGGAGGGUGGUAAAUCUCACACCGAUAUGGUAGGAGCCGCGGCCCUGCUCUUCCGGGUUCCGCAGCCUGCUCUGAUUUGGGGGCUGUCCGACUGGGACGGCCGGGCGGAGUUCAGUUGGUUCGGGCUGGAAGUGGGUAAAGAGUCUGCCUCGGCAGUUGUUGGCCGCCGGAGGGUGGAGGAGCGCUGACGACGAGAAUGAGGAGGUGAGAAUUAA